ACCGCGUCACACGCUCCGUCCAGAAGCUUCGCGCUGCGUCACCGCUGCUGCGCCGACAGAGGGCGCAAGACAGGCUGCGAGGCUCCUCAAGACUACAAGCGACACAGGCUCAAGGAUGAGUUCGGUGACAGCGUCCCUGCCGACGCUGCUGUCGUCGGCGGCGUCCACCGUUUCGUGGUUCUUCCCGGCGCUGGUGGCCGCCAUCGCAUACUUCAACUACGACCUGCUGGACCCCGAGUCGCGGCCCAUCGAGAUGCAGCCAGACAUGCUGCUCGACUCCUACGACUUCAUCAUAGUCGGCGCCGGGUCCGCAGGAGCGGUCCUGGCGAACCGGCUGAGCGAGGUGGACGACUGGACGGUGCUGCUGGUGGAGGCUGGCGGCGACGAGACGGAGAUCUCCGACGUGCCGGUGCUGGCAGCAUACCUGCAGCUCAGCAAGCUGGACUGGCAGUACAAGACGGAGCCCCAGGGCACCGCCUGCCUCGGGAUGCGGAACGGGCGCUGCAACUGGCCGCGCGGCAAGGUGCUGGGCGGCUCGAGCGUGCUCAACUACAUGCUGUACGUGCGCGGCAACCACCACGACUACGACGCGUGGGAGGCGGCGGGCAACCCGGGCUGGGGCAGCCGCGACGUGCUGCACUACUUCAAGAAGUCGGAGGACCAGCGCAACCCGUACCUGGCGCGCUCGCCCUACCACGGCACGGGCGGCUACCUCACCGUGCAGGAGGCGCCCUGGCACACGCCGCUCGCCGCCGCCUUCGUCGAGGCGGGCGUCGAGAUGGGCUACCACAACCGCGACAUCAACGGCGAGUUCCAGACCGGCUUCAUGGUGGCGCAGGGAACCACACGAAGAGGAUCCCGCUGCAGCACAUCCAAGGCCUUCCUGAGACCGGCGCGCCUGCGGCCCAACCUGCACGUACUCACCUACUCACAGGUGACGCGCGUGCUGAUCGACCCGCGCAAGAAGCGCGCCACGGGCAUCCAGUACGUGCGCGACGGCGAGGGCCGGCGCCUGCGGUCGGCGGUGGCGCGGCGCGAGGUGGUGCUGUCGGCGGGCAGCAUCGGCUCUCCGCAGCUGCUGAUGCUGUCCGGCGUGGGGCCGGCCGCGCACCUCCGCGAGCACGGCAUCCCCGUCCUGCAGGACCUACAGGUGGGCGAGAACAUGCAGGAUCACAUCGGCCUGGGCGGACUGACGUUUCUGAUAGACAAGCCAGUCUCCAUGGUGCAGAGCCGCUACGAGAACCUGCCGUCGGUGCUGCAGUACGCCAUCUUCGGCGACGGCCCGCUCACCGUGCUGGGCGGCGUCGAGGGCCUCGCCUUCGUCAACAGCAAGUACGCCAACGCGUCCAUCGACUGGCCCGACAUCGAGUUCCACUUCGUGUCGGGCUCGACCAACUCGGACGGAGGCCGGCAGAUCUGGCGGGCGCACGGGAUCACGGACCGCUUCUACGAGCGCGUCUUCCGGCCGAUCGACAACAAGGACGCGUGGAGCGUGAUCCCCGUGCUGCUGCGGCCACGGAGCCGAGGCGUCAUCAAACUGCGCAGCCGCAACCCGUUCGACUACCCGCUGAUCUACCCCAACUACUUCACCGACCCGCAAGACAUCAAGGUGCUCGUCGAGGGGGUCAAGAUCGGAGUCGCGCUGUCCAGGACGCGUGCCUUCCGCCGCUUCAACAGCCGCCUGCACGAGAUCCCGACGCCCGGCUGCGAGUCCGUGCCACGAUUCACCGACGCCUACUGGGAGUGCCUGAUACGCCACUACUCGGUGACCAUCUACCACCCGAUCGGCACUUGCAAGAUGGGCCCCGCGUGGGACCCCGGGGCUGUCGUGGACCCCCAGUUGCGAGUGUACGGCAUUCAGGGCUUGCGGGUCAUUGACGCUUCCAUCAUGCCGUCCAUGGUCAAUGGAAAUACCAACGCACCAGUCAUCAUGGUGGCCGAGAAAGGCGCGGAUCUGAUCAAACAAUUCUGGCUCCGAAAAAAUUGA